UUUGAAAUAUCUGCAGCAGGAAAAAAAAAAUUAGUAUUUUAAGAAUCCUUUUGGCUAAUUAUGCUUUCUUAUUAUGUGCAACAGUAAUUAACACUCAAGUAAUUACUAGCAGGAAAGCUUAUAUAACUAAGAAGAGUACGUUUUAUGGCCGUGGUUUUGUUGGUGUCAGAUUGCUCGACCGUAUAGCAGGGUGCGGUCGGCCUCGUGACCUCAAAGGUCACAAAACAUCAUGAUUAUCGCUGAAGAUUGUUUGACAAAAUUAAGGAAAGCGCUGCUCUUGGUUCAACAUCGCGACUGUCAAACAAUCGCGUCGUCACAACGAAAAGAUUAAGAGAUUUUUUCUUAGAGCAAGUUGAUGGUUUCUAAUCGCGGUAGGAUGGUACCUAUCCAAGUCUGUCUCAAGGACUUCAUUUUACUGUCCGCCUGGCUUGUGAUAGCACACGGCGCUACUAUCAACUUGGCGGAUGGAAAUUUCAACAUUACUGGUAAUGGUGUAGAUGGCGAGGGAACCUACUCGAUCUCCGGUGGUACGGCAGAGAUCGGUCUUCACGUGGUUUUAGGACAAAUGGCCCAGCAGCAGCAAGUUGUCAUCGCAGGAGACAAAGGUGCCGUAAACUCACUGAAAACAACCUCGCUGAGCGAUCAUACCGAAACGGAACUCACCUUUACUAAAGAAGAUGAGGACUUUCUGGACCAAAUGCUAGAGGAACACAACAAGCUUCGUUCAAUUCAUCUUUCCCCGCCAUUGGUGAAGAACAGAAACAUGUCACUUCAAGCCAAAGAAUUGGCCAUUCAAUUGGCAUCAGAGGCAAACCUAAGGCAUUCUGACAAAGCCACUCGCAUGGAUCAAGGAGAAAACUUGGCAAUGGGAUGUACAUCUUCUGGCCCUGGGAUAACAGCCAAAGACGCAGCGAAGGAAUGGUAUGACGAGGUAUGCAGCCACAAUUUCUACGACCAAGCCUACCAAGACAAAUCUGGGCAUUUCUCGCAGUUAGUGUGGAACGCUACUCGAGAACUUGGCGUCGGCAAAGCCAUGGGGACAAAAUUUGGCAUGAAUUGUACUUUUAUAGUAGCUCGCUAUAGACCCCUGGGUAACAUCGGAUCCGAGUUCGCUCAUGACGUUACCAAAGGGAACUUUGACUCGUCCUACUGCAGUAAUGUACAACGAGACGUGUUGCCGCAUCAUGGAGCUGGGAAAUCAAAUAUUGCUUCCAGGAAGUACCGAUACAGAACCAAGAUUCCUCGUUUUCCGAAGAUUGUAAUCUUGUAAACAUCAUAUUGAGCUUCAUUUGCGCAUACAUCACUGAUGCGAAAUUUCAACUUGAUUUUCUAAGAAAGUAACGAUUUUGUAACAGCGUUUAAAGCAGCGUUAGUUUAUUUGCUAAAACAAGUAAUAUAUUAAAAUAAUUUAGAAUAUCACCUGAAAUACCUCACCUGCCGUCAGUUUUAUAGAUCGUUCUUGUCGAAUUAAGUUUAAAUACAUUGUAAAUUCCUUCUAAUAGUGAACGGUUUGUAAGAUUUAUUAUAAAUGAUGUCUGUUAAUGAAAUAAAGAGGCUUAUUUAAUCGCUUUGAAAAUGACAUUAAACCGUAAGAAAUUAAACAGUCUAAAUUGAUUUUCGAGGUUGCAUGACAAUACGGAAAAUAACAUGUCACUAAACAUUUGGAAAUUUCUACUUGCUUUUAAAAACAAAAUUCUCGUUAAUCCUGCGUUAGAGUUAUUAAAAAGAUGGUGUACGUACGGUAGUCCCAGUUACCGUAGAAACUGGUGAUUAGAAGUUGUGCCAAGCUCCAAACUCAAAUUAUGACCGACGUUCGUUUCUUCUUCCAUAUGUAGGCCAAUCUAAACUGCGUUGAAAACGCCGAGCUCUUAUGGAGCUUAAUUAAAAAAGCCAAUUGUUAUAGGGCUGAAGUGGUCCGCGAUGAGACAG